GUCUCACGUACUUCCCGUUCCCGGUUCCCAUCCCGUUCCCUCGGCUCCCGCCCCGCCGUACUGCCCGCGGACGAUGCGGUGCUCCCGGCGCAGGGCAGGCGGGCCGCGCCCGAGCUCCUGAGCACUCGCAGCCGUUCCCUGCAUCCGUCCCGCCAUGGAGCAGCCGUACGGCGGGCAGGCCCUAGCCGGCGGCGGCGUGGCAGGUGCGAACCGGCCUCUCUCCUUCUACAGGCUGACUCGGUACAUCGUGCUGCUGUGCUUCGCCAAGGUCUUGAAAGCCGUGGGGCUGUUCGAAUCCUAUGAUCUCCUGAAAGCGGUCCACCUCGUGCAGUUUAUCUUCAUAGUGCAGCUGGGGUCUGCUUUUUUUAUGGUUUUGUUUCAAAAACCAUUUUCUUCUGGAAAAGUGGUAACCAAGCAUCAGUGGAUCAAAAUUUUUAAGCAUGCUGUUGUUGGAUGUAUCAUUUCACUCUUGUGGUUUUUUGGCCUUACUCUUUGUGGACCACUGAGGACGUUGUUACUGUUUGAGCACAGUGAUGUGGUUGUGCUGUCACUCCUUAGUGUCUUGUUCACAAGCUCAGGUGGAGGACCAGCAAAGACAAGAGGUGCUGCAUUUUUCAUCAUAGCUAUCAUUUGCUUACUACUUUUUGAUAAUGACGACCUCAUGGCUAAAAUAGCAGAACAUCCUGAAGGGCAUCAUGACAGUGCUCUUACUCAUGUUCUGUAUACAAUCAUUGCUUUCCUGGGUGUUGCAGAUCACAAGGGUGGAGUACUGCUUCUGGUAUUGGCAUUGUGCUGCAAGGUUGGUUUUCAUAUGGCAUCCCGAAAACUAUCUGUAGAUGUAGGUGGAGCCAAGCGUCUUCAAGCUUUGUCUCAUCUUGUUUCUGUCCUUCUCUUGUGCCCGUGGGUUAUUGUUCUCUCUCUGACAACAGAGAGUAAAGUAGAGUCUUGGUCUUCUCUCAUCAUGCCUUUCGUAACAGUCAUCUUUUUCGUUGUGAUCCUGGAUUUCUACGUGGAGUCCAUAUGCUCUGUGAAGAUGGAAGCUUCCACAUGUGCUCGAUACGGAUCCUUUCUAAUUUUCAUUAGCGCAUUGCUUUUUGGAAACUUUUGGACGCAUCCAAUAACAGACCAACUUCGAGCUAUGAACAAGCCACCACACCAUGAAAGCACAGAGCAUGUUCUUUCUGGAGGGGUGGUAGUGAGUGCUGUCUUCUUUGUUUUGUCUGCCAAUAUCCUGUCCUCCCCCUCCAGGAAAGGGCAGAAGGGUACCCUUAUUGGCUAUUCCCCUGAAGGCACUCCUCUCUAUAACUUCAUGGGUGAUGCAUUACAGCAAAGCUCCCAGUCAUUGCCCCGGUUUAUUAAGGAGUCACUGAAACAAAUCCUUGAGGAGUAUGAUUCUCGGCAAAUCUUCUAUUUCUUGUGCCUAAAUCUGGCUUUCACUUUCGUGGAGCUUUUUUAUGGAGUAUGGACCAAUAGCCUUGGUCUUAUUUCUGAUGGAUUUCACAUGCUUUUUGAUUGUUCUGCAUUAGUGAUGGGGCUUUUCGCAGCUCUGAUGACAAGGUGGAAAGCAACUCGCAUAUUUUCAUAUGGGUAUGGACGUGUAGAAAUUCUCUCUGGAUUUAUUAAUGGCCUCUUUCUGAUGGUGAUUGCUUUCUUUGUCUUCAUGGAAUCAGUGGCGAGACUGGUAGAUCCUCCAGACAUAGAUACAAAUAUGCUAACCCCGGUCUCUGUUGGAGGGCUGAUUGUAAACCUUGUUGGUAUCUGUGCCUUCAGCCAUGCGCAUUCCCAUGGGGCUUCUCGGGGAGGCUGUCCCACACAUGAUCACAGCCAUUCUCACCAUGGCCACAGCCACAGCCAUGGGCACGGGCAUUCUCACAGUGACCAUGGCCACAGCCAUGGACAUUCCCAUGGAUCUUCUGGAGGAGGCAUGAACACCAAUAUGAGAGGUGUGUUUCUGCAUGUGUUAGCAGACACUCUGGGCAGUGUUGGUGUUAUCGUAUCCACAAUAUUUAUUCAGCAAUUUGGAUGGCUCAUAGCUGAUCCGCUCUGCUCUCUCUUUAUUGCUACAUUGAUUUUUCUUAGUGUUAUCCCACUAUUGAAAGAUGCCUGUCAAGUGCUUUUGUUGAGGAUACCUCCAGAACAAGAGAAAGAUCUGCAUGGUGCUUUAGAAAAGAUUCAGAAAAUAGAGGGAGUUAUAUCCUACAGAGAUCCUCAUUUUUGGUGUCACUCUGCAACUGUUGUGGCAGGCACAAUACACGUGCAAGUAGUAUCAGAUGUCAUGGAACAGAGAAUUGUACAGCAGGUCACAGCAAUUCUGAAAGAUGCUGGUGUAAACAACUUAACUGUCCAAGUGGAGAAGGAAGCUUAUUUUCAACACAUGUCUGGACUCAGUACAGGAUUUCAGGAUGUCCUUGCAAUGACUCAGCAGCUAGAAUCCAUGAAAUACUACAAAGAUGGUACUUACAUCAUGUGAUACAAAGUUGAAUUUGCCAAAGGAGAUGUAAAUGGUCAAGCUGUUGGAUUCCACAUUUGUAUUUUUGCCGGGAGAUCUUGCACAUACAUGUACAGAAACAAAUGUACUAUAUAUUUGAAUUUUUGUAAGUGUACUAUCUUUGUUAAUUGGAUUGAGAUGCUUUUAUAAAGGAAAUCAGAAGGACUUGAGUAUUUGCUGUAAAUGUGAAAAUAAUCCAAAUCUUAUAUACUGUACUUGGUGUUUAUUAAACAGAAAUCUUGAAACCUGUAGAUGA